GGCGUCAAUGACAAUAUUUGAUUUUAAUUAACAUAUAUUAUUUAUAAAUAAAGUCACGACGAAACAUACAAAAAUGGUCUACUGAAUUUAUCACGAGUGUAAAUUAUUCAGAUUCAAUCUUGUUUCCCGAUAUCUGUAUUGCUUUUCCAAUUUAGUUUUGUGGCCAGUGUUGUCUUGAAUUUACGGUAAUAAUGGACCCGCCAACUAUGUUUGAAAUCGAAUCAAGAAUGUCCGGCAUGUUAAUCGGCCGUCGUGGGGUCAAAAUAAACAGCAUACAAGAAUCCAGUGGCGCGAAGGUGCAAAUAGUGGAUAGCGACACACUGGACGUCUGUAAAGUGAAAAUAAGAGGUACUCAACAACAACAGAAAGUAGCCGUAGAUCUUAUUGAGGCGAUUGUUGGCAAAGUAACACCAAUGCAGAGUGAACCUUCACAAAGCGUUCCUCGGAGACAAAACAGACAGUUCUUUGCUGCAGAACAAUCCAAUCAACCAGUCAGAAAGACAAGGAAUCAACGUCAGCACAAACAAAAAAGAAGUGAACGAAUGCCUUCGCCUCCGGAAGUAUUACAUUUGAGCGAAGAAGCCUGGGCAGAAAUUCGCCGUGAAAACGAAGAAAUGGAACGUAAGCAAACAGAGUGCUUGCAACCAAUUUUAAAACAGUUUUACGUGGAACACCAAGAAAUUAAAGCUAUGAGCGACAAGGACGUUAAAGCCUUCAGGCUCUCAAAAAAUAACAUCAUGGUGAAUUAUGUAAGAGGUAAUAAAAAAUCUAAACAGAUUCCAAAACCUGUUAUCAGUUUUGAACAUGCAUUUCAUAACUACCCAGAAGUUAUGAAACAAAUAAAGAAACAGAACUUUACUAUACCAACACCCAUACAGUGCCAAGCUUGGCCAAUUAUCAUGAGUGGGCAUGAUUUAAUUGGAAUCGCUCAGACAGGUACAGGUAAAACUUUAGCGUUCAUACUUCCAGCAUUGAUUCAUCUCGAACGUCAGCCAACACCACGCAAUGAACGCAUUGGUCCAUCAGUAUUAAUAUUAGGUCCAACAAGAGAACUAGUAAUUCAAAUUGAAACAGAAGUAAAAAAAUACACUUAUAAUGGAAUAAAUGUGGUGAGUGUUUAUGGUGGCGCCAGCAUGAAUCAUCAACAAGACCGCUUGAACAAAGAAAGGCCAGAAAUUAUUGUUGCCACUCCUGGCAGACUCAAUGAUUUUGUAAGCACUCGAAAUAUUAACACUACUCAAGUUUCAUUUCUAGUUUUGGACGAAGCAGAUCGUAUGCUCGAUAUGGGUUUUGAAGUUCAGAUUGAAGCAGCAUUAAUGAAUGUUAGACCGGACAGACAAACCGUAUUGACUAGUGCUACAUGGCCAAUUGGCGUGCAAUACCUGGCUGAAAAAUACACAGAUAAUUCGUUACAUGUUACAAUCGGGACAUUUGAUUUGACCACUGUUAACACUGUAAAACAACAGACAAUCGUUACUAAGGAAUACAAGAAAGACGCCUGGUUGGAAAAUUAUAUGAAAAACUUAUCGGCUGAUGACAAAAUCAUAAUAUUCAUGCGUAAAAAGGUGUCUGUGGAUUCACUGUACAGUAAGCUGUGCAGUCGAAACAUAAACUGCAGAUGUAUACACGGUGGCAGGGAACAAGCGGAAAGAGAAAAGGCUUUGCAGGACAUGCGUGACAACAAUGUGUCUGUACUGAUUGCCACCGAUGUAGCGUCCAGGGGAAUCGACAUACAAGACAUUACAGUGGUGAUAAAUUAUGAUUUUCCAACUAACAUUGAAGAGUAUGUUCACCGAGUAGGACGAACAGGACGAGCAGGAAAGACAGGUUCAGCAAUCACAUUGUUUACCCAACACGAUGCACAUUUCGCAGAGGUACUCAUUGACAUAUUGGACAAGUCAAAUCAACAUGUUCCGAAUGAGUUGCACCACAUGGUCAAGCAGUACAAUAAUGAGACUACAAAGGAAAACCCAGAGGCCAAUUAUGAAAGUUUGGAGGGAAGAAGUUCCCAAAGUUAUAAUUAAAGCAUAGAAGUUAGAUUAGGCAUAGAAUUUACAUUGAAUUCUUUAAACUGUUUUUUUAUACCAUCUUUAUACACUUUUUAUAUAAUUUAUAUACCUGUUUUAUGUUGUUAUAUUUGUAUACAAUUUAAAUAUGUAAUCUACUUAAUAUUAAUCAAAUUUUACUUAAUACAUUUUUUUCUUCUAAGAAGUAAGAACACAUUUGACCGUGUAAAUUAUCUUUUUCGUAAUUUUUUGGAUAUUACUGUUAAGUUUUAAAUUGAUGAUUGCAGGAAUGAUACAAGUCACUUUUAUAUGAAAUGGAGUUUGUAGCAGAAACACACUCUAGUCAUAUGUUUUUAUCUGUUGAGUGUAUAAACGACUUGUCAUACUAUUUUUACCGAUAAAAUUACUAAAGGAAAAUCAGAAUGAAAGUGAAAACAUCUUUAGUCAAUGACUAGUGUCAUGUUUACAUUCAAAAGUAACUUUUGAUCUAUA